GUGUGUGUGUGUACAAAGAAAGAGAUUAAGACAUAGAGGAGGGCGGGGACAUGAGAGAGAGAAAGGAAGAAAGAAAAGAAGAGAGAAUGGAAAGAGAAAGGGUGAGGGAAUGGGAGAAGGAGGGAGGACUGCUUUACAGCCACUAAGAUUACAGACAGAAAUAGCUUACAACUGCCGGGAGCUGUAUGUAACUCAGAAACUAAGACCAAAUUUUAUUCACUUUUAUUAAGCAGUUGCUCAGAAAGAAAGGAAUGACACCUGGUCCUGUCUUCUUCUACAUCUGGAUUAUUGGAAAAUAUUUUGCUCAUGGGAAUGAAGAGGAUGUCAAGUGCUCCCUUGGCUACUUCCCCUGUGGAAAUAUCACAAAGUGCUUGCCUCAGUUUCUUCACUGUAACAGUGUGGAUGACUGUGGGAACUGGGCCGAUGAGGAUAACUGUGGAGACAGCAAUGGAUGGCCUAUGCAAUUCGACAAUUAUUAUGCAAAAUACUACAAAAUGACUUCCCUGAAUCCCUUUGAGACAGAAAUAUUUGAAUGCUUGAUCAGUUCUGUGCCCCUGCAAUGUCUUUGCCGAGAUCUAGACCUAAACUGUGAUGAAACCAACUUGCGAGCUGUCCCAGAAGUUUCUUCAAAUGUGACUUUAAUGUCACUUCAGGGAAAUUUAAUAAGAAAACUUCUUCCUGAUGGCUUCAAGAAAUACCAUGAUCUUCAGAAGCUGUAUCUGCAAAACAAUAAAAUUAGAUAUAUAUCCAUAUAUGCUUUCAGAGGGCUGCACAAUCUUACUAAACUGUAUCUCAGUCAAAACAGAAUAACCUUCUUGAAGCCAGGUGUUUUUGAAGAUCUUCACAGAUUAGAAUGGCUAAUAAUUGAAGACAAUCAGCUCAGUCGAAUUUCCCCACUAACAUUUUAUGGACUAAAGUCUCUUAUUCUCUUAGUGCUGAUGAAUAAUUCCCUCACUCGUUUGCCUAAUAAGCCCUUUUGUCAGCAUAUGCCAAGACUCCAUUGGCUGGACUUUGAAGGCAACCAUAUCCAUAAGUUAAGAAAUUUGACUUUUGUUUCCUGCAGUAAUUUAACUGUUUUGAUAAUGAGUAAAAAUAAAAUUAAUCACAUAAAUGAAAAUAGUUUUGCAUCUCUUCAGAAACUAGAUGAAUUGGAUUUAGGAAAUAACGAGAUUGAAAAUCUUCCACCACAUAUACUUAAGAAUCUGAAGGAGCUCUCACAACUGAAUCUUUCCUAUAACCCAAUCCAGAAAAUAGAAGUAAAUCAAUUUGAUGAUCUUGUCAAACUCAAGUCUCUCAACUUAGAAGGAAUUGAAAUUUCAAAUAUCCAACAAAGGAUGUUUAGACCUCUUAAGAAUCUCUCCCACAUAUAUUUUAAGAAAUUCCAGUACUGUGGAUAUGCACCUCAUGUUCGCAGCUGUAAACCCAACACUGAUGGAAUUUCAUCUGUAGAGAAUCUCUUGGCAAGCAUUAUUCAGAGAAUAUUUGUCUGGGUUGUGUCUGCAGUUACAUGCUUUGGAAACAUCUUUGUUAUUUGUAUGCGACCUUAUAUCAGGUCUGAGAAUAAGCUACAUGCCAUGUCAAUCAUUUCUCUCUGCUGUGCCGACUGCUUAAUGGGAAUCUACUUAUUUGUGAUUGGAGCCUUUGACCUAAAGUUUCGUGGAGAAUACAAUAAGCACGCACAGCUGUGGAUGGAGAGUAUUCAUUGCCAGCUUGUGGGAUCUUUGGCCAUUCUGUCCACAGAAGUAUCCGUUUUACUUUUAACGUUUCUGACAUUGGAAAAAUACAUCUGCAUUGUAUAUCCUUUUAGAUGUUUAAGACCUGGAAAAUGCAGAACAAUUACAGUUCUUAUUCUCAUUUGGACUAUCGGGUUUAUAGUGGCUUUUGUGCCAUUGAGCAAUAAGGAAUUUUUCAAAAACUACUAUGGCACCAAUGGAGUAUGUUUUCCUCUUCAUUCAGAAGAUACAGAAAGUAUUGGAGCCCGGAUUUAUUCAGUGGCAAUUUUUCUUGGUAUUAAUUUGAUAGCAUUUAUCAUCAUAGUUUUCUCCUACGGAAGCAUGUUUUACAGCAUUCAUCAAAGUGCCAUUACAACAACUGAAAUACAGAAUCAAGUUAAAAAAGAGAUGAUGAUUGCCAAGCGGUUUUUCUUUAUUGUAUUUACUGAUGCAUUAUGCUGGAUACCCAUUUUUAUACUGAAAUUUCUUUCACUGCUUCAAGUAGAAAUACCAGGUACCAUAAACGCUUGGGUUGUGAUUUUUAUUCUGCCUAUCAACAGUGCUUUGAAUCCAAUUCUCUACACUCUGACUACGAGACCAUUCAAAGAAAUGAUCCACCAAAUUUGGUAUAACUACAGACAAAGAAGGUGUAUUGACAGCAAAGGUGGUCAGAAAAUACAUGCUCCAUCGUUCAUCUGGACGAAUGACGGCCCCUACAUGGAAACGUGGUCCCUACAACAGAUGCCAUCUAAGUUAAUGAAGCCAACUCUUUUUGCAGACCCCUAUGAAAUGUCACUGAUUUCUCAAUCAAAUAAACUCAAUUCCUAUUCAUAA